UAGUUGCAACAAUCUCAUACCAAAAGAAAAACAAUUUCCGAAUUAUUAUCUUCUACCUUAAAAGAAAUCUAUCAGCUAUCAUGGAAGAUGGCUCGUCCUGUAAGAGAAACAAACCACCGUCAUGGGGAACACUCGUAACAAUCCUCAGCCUCGACGGCGGCGGGGUCAGAGGAAUUAUCGCCGGGGUCAUCCUUGCUUAUCUAGAAAAACAACUUCAGGAGAUCGAUGGAGAAGACGUGAGGCUAGCUGAUUAUUUCGACGUGGUAUCAGGGACUAGUACCGGUGGUCUCAUAACUGCCAUGUUAACUGUACCAGGCGAGAAUGGACGGCCUCAAUUAGCAGCGAAAGACAUUGUUCCUUUUUACCUUGAACAUUGUCCCAAAAUAUUUCCACAGCCCGAAGGCUUGUCUGCUCUGUUACCUAAGCUUCCAAAGCUUUUGUCUGGUCCAAAGUACAGCGGAAAGUAUCUGCGUAAGCUACUAACUAAGCUUCUUGGAGAGGCAAAACUUCAUCAGACAGUCACAAACGUUGUCAUACCUACCUUCGACAUGAAGAAACUCCAACCCACCAUCUUCUCCUCUUACCAGGCAUUGGUUGACCCUACCUUGGAUGUCAAGAUAUCAGACAUAUGCAUUGGCACAUCGGCUGCUCCUACUUUCUUUCCUCCUCAUUACUUUUCUAAUGAAUAUAGUCAAGGCAAGACGUCUGAGUUUCACCUCGUUGAUGGGGCGGUCACGGCUAAUAACCCGACUUUGGUGGCCAUGACUGCUGUGACUAAGCAGAUUCUGAAGCAAAAUCCUGAUAUGGGUAAGCUCGAGCCUUUAGGUUACGAUAAGUUCCUAGUUAUAUCGAUAGGGACAGGGACUUCAAAAAAGGAGGAGAAGUAUAGCGCAAAAAAGGCUGCGAAAUGGGGAAUCAUAUCUUGGUUAUAUAACGAUGGAUCUACUCCGAUAUUAGACAUGAUCUCGGAUUCAGGGCGUGACAUGAUCCAUUUCCAUAGCUCGGUUUUGUUCAAAGCCCUACAAUCAGAGGAUAAGUACCUCAGAAUCGACGAUGAUACACUGGAAGGAGAUGUAAGUUCGAUGGAUCUAGCAACAAAAUCUAACUUGGAGAAUCUUGUGAAGAUUGGAGAGAAGGUGCUGAAAAAAAGAGUCAUGCAUAUGAAUAUCGACACUGGUGUCUAUGAACCUAUUACUGAAAAUAUCACCAAUGAGGAAGAACUCAAAAGAUAUGCAAAACUUCUAUCUGAUGAAAGAAGAUUAAGGAGAAUGAGAAGCAACACAAUGGUUCAAGAUCCAUCAAACUGAUCUUAAAGAAAAUAAUAUGGGAAGACAGGGAUAUAUGAAUAUGAUCUUUGUGUGUGUUACUCGGCCAUCUUUGUGUGUGUUUACUCGGCCAUCUUUUGUGUGUGUUUACUUGGCCAUCUUUUUGUGUGUUUUUACUCGGCCAUCUUUGUGUGUUUUUACUUGGCCAUCUUUUUCUGUGUUUUUAUUCGGCCAUCUUUGUAUGUGUUUAUUCGGCCAUCUCUCUUAACAGAAAACUAUGCAUAAUGCGAUUUUUGGGUUGAAAAAAUUUGUUGUAAGAA